AUGUUCACAGUUGUUAAUAAACUGAGACUUUUGAAUCGCUGGUUCAUGUAUCCAGCCAUAAUAGGAGGAGCUUUAGUUUCUAGACGCAUAAAAUCCCUCAGGGAUGUAUUGUAUUCAGCCAUUCGUUGUCAAGUUGUACUUGCAUCAGCGAUAUGCACUAAAGGGGGAAAAGCUGUAAUCUCUCGGCAGUUUAGAGAAAUGCCACGCUCUAGAAUUGAAGGUCUUCUUGCAUCUUUUCCAAAAUUGACCAGUUCUGGACAACAACAUACUACUAUAGAAACUGAACAUGUUCGUUAUGUUUAUCAGCCUCUAGAUGAACUCUAUAUGGUCCUUAUCACAAAUCGACAAUCCAAUAUCUUGCAAGAUAUUGAUACAUUACACUUGUUUGCACGAGUAGUAUCCGAUAUAUGUCGAUCAUUAGACGAAAGAGGAAUAUUGGGAAAUAGCUUUGAAUUGUUGAGCGCUUUUGAUGAAAUUGUAUCAUUAGGUUAUCGCGAAAAUGUUAAUUUAGCUCAAGUGAAGAGCAUCAUAGAGAUGGAAAGUCAUGAAGAGAAGAUCCAAGAGAUAAUAGCAAAGAAUAAGGAACAAGAAGCUAAAGAGGAACUUAAAAGAAGAGCGAAACAGUUAGAAAUGCAAAAAAAAGAAAUGCUCAAGAGAGGAGGUACUUUGGGAGGAUCAUCAUUUGGAGUUGGCUUUGGACAAUCAAUAAAUAGGCCAUCUUCAUAUGCGGAACCUCAAGUUCAACAAAAUUUUGAAGAAAGCAUGCGUUCAUCGUUUAGUAGCUCCCCGACACCAUCCACUUCUAAAGCUAAAGGAAUGCAAUUGGGUAGAAAACAAAAAAGUGCAGAUUUGUUUGAAGCAGUUAAAAAUGAAGUCGGAUUCGAAGAAGUCACCGAAAAAAAUAUUAGAACAGGAAUUUCAAAAGUUCCCAUGGAAAGUGUUCAUUUGGCAAUUUCCGAAAAGAUAUCUCUUCAAGCUAAUAGAGAUGGUGGAUUGGAAAAUUUAGAGGUGAAAGGUGAUUUGGAACUCAGUAUUUCUGAUGCAAAUGUGACUCGAAUUAAAAUUGCAGUUCAAGCAGUUGAUGAUGGUACUUUACAAUUAAAGACGCACCCAAAUGUCGAUAAGAAAUUGUUUUCUACUGACAAUAUCAUUGCUUUGAAAAAUUCGGCAAGAGGAUUUCCUUUAAAUCAACCGUUGGGAGUUCUUAGAUGGAGAUUUAUUACUAAAGAUGAAACCGCAAUUCCGUUAUCAAAUGGAACAAUCGACGUCAACAUUGAAUACAUUUUAGAAAAUGAAAAUUAUGAAUUUAAGGAUGUGUCGAUUUCGAUUCCAUUGCCUUCUACGGGAAAUCCAGUUGUUGGAGAUGUAGAUGGACAUUAUGAAGUAAAUAGACAAACUAGAACUUUAGAAUGGCAAUUACCAAUCAUUGAUUUGUCCAACAAACAAGGAUCUCUCGAGUUUAAUAUUGUGGGAGAUGACGUAAAUGCAUUUUUCCCCGUUAGUGUAUCAUUCUUAAGCGAAAAAUUAAUCUGUGAUAUAGAUGUGUUGGAUGUGACGCAUGUUGAAACGGAAGCACCAGUUACCUUUUCCAAAGAGAAGAUUUUGAAGAGACCAUUCGUUUUACUUUUAGUACCUCGUACAAAGAGUGUAUAA